AUGUGUCGCCGGCUCUGGCCAGAGGACCCCCCAAAUAAUCAGGAUCUCUUUGUCCUCCACAGGGAGAAGAAAUGGGUGACUGUAGGUGACACGUCCCUACGGAUCUACAAGUGGGUCCCCGUUACAGAGCCGAAGGUAGAUGACAAAAAUAAAAGCAAGAAGAAGGGUAAAGAUGAGAAGUGCGGGUCCGAGGUGACCACCCCAGAGAACAGUUCAUCCCCAGGAAUGAUGGACAUGCAUGAUGACAACAGCAAUCAGAGCUCCAUAGCGGAUGCAUCACCGAUCAAGCAGGAAAACAGCAGUAACUCGAGCCCGGUGCCUGAGCCCAACUCGGCAGGGCAGGGGGAUGGCCCUGAAGCAAAGUCCGAUGAGGUCCAUGCGGAGCCCAAGGAGCAACCUGGAUCAGAAGAUACUUCCGAUGAGCAGAAUUCACAGUCCUCGAUGGAAAAUUCAAUGAACAGUUCAGAGAAAGUUGAAAUGCAACCCUCUGGGGACAAUGACGUAACCACAGAAGCAUCCAAUAACUCUCAGAGGCGGAAACUGAGGCCCAGCGUAACGAAGAAGCUUGUCCAAGGUCCUACAGGAUUCGGAAGGAGCUCCACCUUCUAAAAAGAUGAAACUAGAAGCUUCCCACCAAAACUCCGACGACAUUUAGACACGGAAGUAGCUUUUUUCUGAUCCAUUUUUACUGAAGGUACACCGGUGGGGGCUUCAUUCUAGAACACCCUGACCUACGCAGCUUCUCAUGGAUGAGAACAGAACUCCUAACUUUUUAAAGUUUACCAAGCAAAAAAAAAAAGAAAGAAAGAAAGAAAGAAAAAUUCCAAGGAGACCUAGGAAAGUGUGACUUCUCUCAGACACUGAAAAAAAUACAAAAUGGAACACUGUUUUAUUUUAUUUUUAUUUUAUUUUUUUUCCUGUGAAAGCAAAUGUUCAGAAGUCCUAAGUUACUGUCUUUGGAGAGGUUGGAGUCCACAACUCAGGAGGGUCUAAUGCACUGUUUCUUUUUAAAAAAACAAAACAAAACAAAACAAAGGUCCCAGUUCCAUUUGUGUUGCUGCUGUAUCUUUUCAUUUCUCUAUUUAACCGUGUAAGAUAUUUAAGGAUGGUACAGGUCAGUUCUUUGCUUUUUUUUCUUGAUUUGUCCAGCAGUUCCAUCCGCUUUGUUUUUUGUGCCUUGUGUCCCUGAGAACAGCUCUCGAGGUCUGGUUUUUCCCUCCCUCUUUCCCCUUCCCAAUCCCAUCUCCACGCUUCGCAUCUUCUUUCGACAAGUGCCCUCUUGUUCCUAGGCUGCUGCCAACUCUUUUGGGAUCCCUGCCCCUUCCCUGCCCUUACCCCUACCUCGAGGCCGAGCAGAGAUGGAGGAAAAGCUGAAACGUUGGCCAUUUUCCCCAUUGGAAAAGCCAACGGGUCUGAGGCUGUAUGCACAUGUUUGGGGUCUGACCCAUCUAGCCCUGAGCUCCAGACCCUGGCUUCUUGGGGUCUUCGUCCGAGACUGGUAGGAAUUCCCUUUGGGGGCGGUGGGAGUGUGUGUGUGUGUGUGUGUUGGGGGAUUGGGGUUUGCCACAGGCUCUCCCACAUCCUGCUCCGUGGCCUCCUCCCACCCCACAAGGAGGGGUUCCUGGCUGGGGAUGCUCUAACAGCUCCCCAAUUUGCUGCUCUUUUUAAAUCUUCUCUCUCUGGGAAACUGAGCUCCAUCCACUGGCCGCAGCCUGGGGAUCAGGUUCAUGAUUGUACAAACUCCCCCUUCAGACUUGUCCCAGAGCUUCCAAUCCUUUGCCCACCGUGAAAUGCAUCUCUCACAUCUCCAAGGUGGAAAAUGGCAAACAAACAAAAACAAAAUGGAUCUCUUCUUUGCAGGCUCCGUAUCAAGAUCUGAGGCUGGGGGAGAGGGAGAGCCCAGGGUGAGCUGGUGCUGACCUCCCCUUUCAUAGGAUGUUGCUUGGAGGUGCAAAUCCGAAGUCAUACGCUCUACCCUCCGCCUCCCCCAGAGGCUCCCCCAGAUCCCCC